AUGAGCGAAAAGCCAAUCUUCGUGAUCCGGAUGCCACAUACAGAAAUCACAGAUGAUCAUGUUGCUAUGGCCUUUCAACGAAUUCCACCAAGCCAAAAAGCACAGUUCCUACUACUUCGCGACAAUGGGUCAACUCGGUUUACAAGUAUGAAUGACGUUCUUGCGGAAAACUCGUUCAACAUCGCAAAUUCAGACCACGGCGAGCCUGAAGCUCACGGUCUUUUCCUCCUUCACUCGCGCUUCAACCAUUCUUGUGUACCCAACUCAAAUAUUCCAAACAUCAGCGGAGAAAUCAUGUCAAGCUUUGCAACCAAGGACAUAGAGGUUGGCGAGGAGAUCAAUCUCUGUUACAAUCCAGAUUUCAACUGCAAGACUAGAUAUGAGCGUCAUCAGGCUCUAGGAUUUGCAUGCGAAUGCGUGGCGUGUCUUCCGGGCACGCCUUUCCAACAAGUUAGCGAUAUUCGUCGGCGAUUGAUUCGAGGGCUUCAAUAUCUCACGCAUGGCGCGGACUUGGAUGGGCAGAGACAGAUGUCGCGUUCGAUUAUUGUCGACCCUAAGCUAAAAAUGAUGGCAGAAACCUUCAGCAUACCUCUGUCAUCGAGAUUGGUUUAUUUACUCCUGUCCUUUUUUUUCCUUGAAGAGGAGGGAUUACUAAGUGAUUUCAGGGAAGCAAGGCUAAGACCGAGCCUAGUCAAGACGGUGCGCUUGUUUAAGUCAGAAACCAAUCGACGAAUUGCAUUACAAGCGAUGGAACAAAAGACCUGGCUACAGAGAUUGCAAGUGGGGUUCGGGCUAUAUGGCCGAGAAGAUGCUGCCGAUUAUGAAGUUACUCUAGCGCUACGACGAUUGCGCCAAUUUUUGUAA